UGGGAAUCGUGGGGCGCUGCAGCACUAGACUGAAGCCUCAUGCCCCGGACGCUGGGCAGCCAGAUCACAAUGGAGAAGACUCCCAGCUACUUUGUCACCAAGGAGGCCCCCCGGCGGAUCUUCAACAUGUCCCGAGACACCAAGCUGAUCGUGGUGGUGCGGAACCCCGUCACCCGGGCCAUCUCGGACUACACGCAGACACUCUCCAAGAAGCCCGAGAUCCCCACCUUCGAAGGGCUGUCCUUCCAGAACCGCAGCCUGGGGCUGGUGGACACCUCCUGGAGCGCCAUCCGCAUCGGGAUGUACGUGCUGCACCUGGAGAGCUGGCUCCAGUACUUCCCCCUCUCCCAGAUCCUCUUUGUCAGCGGCGAGAAGAUGAUCACGGACCCGGCGGGGGAGAUGGGCAAGGUGCAGGACUUCCUGGGCAUCAAGCGUGUCCUCACGGACAAGCACUUCUACUUCAACAAGACCAAAGGCUUCCCGUGCCUGAAGAAGCCAGAGGGCAGCACCUUCCCGCGCUGCCUGGGCAAAUCCAAAGGGAGGACUCACGUGCAGAUAGACCCUGAGGUCAUAGAGCAGCUCCGGGACUUCUAUAGACCGUAUAAUAUUAAAUUCUAUGAAACCGUGGGGCAGGACUUCAGGUGGGAAUGAACGUCCCGGCGCAGUGCGGCGGUGAGGGGAGCCUGCCGUGAGGGUGGCAAGCUGGAGGCCACCGUGACAGCCCCCCCCCCCG